AUGGUGAAAAAUGGCCUCGUUCCCUAUCCGAGCGCCUUCAACACUCUGCUGAGUUCUCUCGUUCGGUCAGGCUCGUUCGACGAGGCGUGGCGUCUGCUCAGUGAUUCCAGGGCCAAAGUCGGUAUACUCGACGAGCGGAGCCUCGGGAUCAUGGUGAAGGGCUGCUGCAAAGCCGGUCGCUCGGACCGGGGUUUCAAGAUUUGCGCUCAGUUGAAGGAGAUGAACUGGUCUCCAGUGGCUUACGUGUACACGGCCUUGAUCGACGGCUGUUGCAAACACGGCCACGUCGAAAGGGCGGGAGAAUUGUUCUCCGAGAUGAGCGAGUUGGGUUUAGUCGCCAAACGCAACACCUACAGAGUUGUGAUUGAUGGGUAUUUGAGGAAAGGCAUGAAGGGAGAUGGUCUCGAGUUGUACCGAAAGAUGAAGCUCAGCGGGGUUGUUCCGAGCGUACAUACUUGCAAUCUCAUGAUCAAUGUGCUUUGCAAGGGAGGUUAUGUGAACAGAGCCUUCGAACUGUUCGAUGAAAUGCGCGAGCGAGGGAUUGCGUAUAGUGUUGUUACAUUCAACACUCUCAUUCGGGGGCUGCAUUGUGACUCAAGGGUUUGGGAAGCCGAGAGGUUGGUGGACUUGAUGAAAGGAGCGUGGGAUAAAGCUUUCAGCUUAUUUGAUCAACUGAAGUUAAAAGGUCACUCCCCAUCCUUGGUGACAUACAACACUUUAAUUGCAGGAUCUGCUAGAGCCAAGAACAUGCCUACAAUGACAGAUUUGGUGAAGGAGAUGGAGCAAAGAGAUAUCGGGUCACGCCCCAAACCUCAAGCGCGCGAACAUCCCUCGAUGGGACAGGCUCACAGCUGGGCUCAACCAACAGCUAGAGUUGGUCAGGUUGUUGGCACAAGAAGGCUGCAACGACGGUGGACUGGUGGCUUGGCGUGCAGCAAGGAUGGAGGGGCUAAGCGGAAGGAAAAUGGAAAAGAAGAAGAAAGGAAGAAGAAGAAGCAGCAAGGUCUUGCUAGAGGGGGUGUGCACACUAAGGGGGAUAAGGGGAAAGAGGGGGGCAAGGGUCAAGAGGGUCAAGGCAUGCACCAAUGA